AUGUGGACCUACAUUUCCAUCCUCUUUCUGCUGUCCAAAAGACACGACCUGCAUGUCUCUAAACAGCGUGACUGUACAACCAUCACCUGCGAUAUUAACCAACUGAAUGCAACCCUCCACCCGGACAACCAAAUGCACCUCUCCGACACAAAUGGCAUCAGCCUACCAAAAUGCGGUGACAGGUGCUGUCCACUAGGUUAUACCUGCAAUGGCAACAUGUGCACCAAAGAUACGACAAAACCCCCCAUAUCCGCAUCCCCAACAUCAACUCCCCGCCCAACAUCUUCUUCCACGAACCCGGCAUCCGCCUCUCAGACAUCGAAUUGUCCAGCUCCAGCAACCGCUUCCAUCCAACCAUCCUUUGACGGCAAGUCCUUCGCCGCCGGCCUCUUCCCCGGUAUCGUCAUCGGCGCACUCGGCACCCUGGCCCUCAUCUGGCUGAUCCGUAAACGCCGCGAAUCCCAAUCCAAACCACGGUACUCGGGCGACUUUGGCCACGUCGCGCGUCAAAUCAGCGAUCCCAUCUACGACCCAUCCCUUCUUGCCGCACGAACAGACUUCAUGCGUCGUGGUUCCUCCUCCAUACAACCCAGCCCAAACUCGACCGACCGAAUCCUCCAAGGCAUGCAAGAAACACCAAGGAACACCGUCAUCCACGGCCUCACCCCUCGAAUCAAGAGCAUGUGGGACCGUACCCCCAAACUCAACUUUGGCUUCUCCAACAACACCACCACCACCAACAAAACAGGCCUCCCCGCCACCCCCGCCCCCCGCCACCCCUACCACAACGCCCCCGCCAUCCGCGCCGGUAACCCAAAAUCAGACCCCUACGCCACCCCAGCCCAAAAACCAAAACGCAUUCACUCCUCCCCACGCCGCACCCCUUCCUCCUCCACAACAGGCACCCGCCGCACCCUCCUCACCCCAACCCACCACAACCAGACCAGAUCAGACCCCAACCGCCUCCACAGCACAGAAACAAUAGACGUCCUCAUGCCUGCCCCCGGUUUCCUCGACCCCCCGCGCUUCCCGCAUACCGCCCGCCAUCAUCGUGAUACGAGUGAUACUACGUUUACGAAGCUCAUGGAGCGUGCUGGGUUUGAUGAGCAGGGGAGGGGCGAGGUUAGGGCGUGGGGGGGUACCAGGCUUUAG